UCGAGUGAGCGGACACGAGCCGUAAGAUUAAUUCUAGUCGCCACUAUCCAUCCAACCAACCAACCAACCAACCUGCAAGUCCCACACUGAUCCACAAAAGGGCUCCAACUGACCAAGAGCUACCAGCCUCCCCAGUUCGGGGACUCGGGAGUCAGAGUCAGGCGUGACGAUACUGAGGUUGACAUUGGGGGGUGAGCUGCUCAGGGAAUCACAACAUUUUUGGAGGGAUGUUAUGACACUGUUGCUGCACGCUCGUGGUGUGGAUCUAACCCAAACCUUUCCUUACGACUCCUUCCCAUAUAGUGCAGUCAUCCAAAAUGGAAAACACUCCAUGACUCAGCUGUUUUUUUUUUCAACCCUGUGAAGUGACCAGAAGUGAGAUCGACGGUCUCUGGCAUCGGGACUGAGCGCUUGUGGCGCUGACACGCCGCAGGGUCUCUUGCUCGAGGGCUGCUCGGUGUCGGUGAGGUCACGCGGCCAGCAGGAGAAGACGUCCGGACAAGUCGCGAGGGAGGAGUUCUGUGAGCCUCCAAGUCCCGACACAGAAGACGCCAGUGAAACGGACCUUGCCAAACAUGACGAGGACGAUUACGUGGAAAUCAAAGAACAGAUGUACCAGGACAAACUCGCUUCCUUGAAAAGACAGUUGCAGCAAUUGCAAGAAGGUACACUUCAAGAGUAUCAGAAGAGGAUGAAGAAAUUAGACCAGCAGUAUAAGGAGAGACUCCGGAACGCAGAUCUGUUUCUUCAGCUGGAGAAGGACCAAGUGGAGAGAAACUAUAUCAAGGAAAAGAAGGCGGCGGUGAAGGAGUUCGACGACAAGAAGGUAGAGCUGAAGGAAAACCUCAUCGCCGAGCUGGAGGAGAAGAAGAAGAUGAUCGAGAAUGAGAAAUUGACGAUGGAGCUGACUGGCGACUCCAUGGAGGUGAAGCCCAUCAUGACGCGGAAGCUGAGGCGGCGACCCAACGACCCGGUUCCCAUACCAGACAAGAGAAGAAAGCCAGCGCCAGCUCAGCUGAAUUAUCUCCUCACAGACGACCAGAUCAUGGAAGACCUGCGGACGUUAAACAAGCAUGUCAUCACCUUUUCACAGCUGAAGUCGCCCAAACGUCCAGUCUCCCCCUCCACCCCGGAGCACAUCCCUGCCGCCCCUAUGGAAAACCCCUCACAGCGCUUCGAAGCUCGAAUCGAGGAGGGGAAACUCUACUACGACAAAAGAUGGUAUCACAAGAGUCAGGCCAUCUACCUGGAGUCAAAGGACAACACCAAGAUCAGCUGCGUCAUCAGUUCUGUUGGAACCAACGAGAUUUGGGUGAGAAAGACGAGCGACAGCACUAAGAUGAGGAUCUACCUGGGUCAGCUGCAGCGGGGAGCGUUCAUCAUCCGGCGGCGGUCGGCGGUGUGAAGCUCCGCCCCCUUCCCUUACGACCCCCUCAUUCGCUUCCGAACAUGUGUACAGUCUGAUUUUACCUUUUUCAAAAUAAACAAGACCAUUGUGAUAAAA